AUGUGUAAAGAGGGAUUCAGUGGAGAUGGACAGAAUGAUUGUUCCCAGUCAUUCCUCUUCCAAUACGAUACACACCAUCAACUUCCACGAAAGAAGAACUCAAAAAUGGAAUGGAAUUUGAAGAAACCAAUGAAAAUCUUCGGAGAGAAUACAGAAAAAUUAACAGUGACAUCAACAGGAUUGAUUGCUGUCAAUGAGGUUAACAGAUAUGGAGGUAGAUUAGAAGAUAUGCAAUUGGUUGGAAUUGCUCCAUUCUUUGGACCAAUUGAUUUAUCGAGAAAUGGAGCUGUUAGUGUAGAAGAGGUGGAUGAUGUGGAAGUUUUGAGAAGGGUGACAAGGACGAUUGCUGAGAACUAUAAUGAUCCAAGUUUCGAAGCAAAGAGUGCCCUAGUAGUUACUUUUUCAAAUGUGACUGAUGGAAGACAGUCGAAAGGCAACACAUUCCAAGCUCUUUUAAUAGACGGAUCUGGUGCUAGAAACGAAAAAAUGACAUUCGUCGAAUUAAUGUAUCGAGAUCUCCCAUGGGCAAGUGGAGCAGAAGCUGGAAUCCUUUCCUCCGAUGCUUCUUCCUCCAUCCUUCUACCAGCAUCCGGAACUGAGGCUAUCGCACAAUUAGCUAAGAAUAGUAACAUCAAACAACCAGGAACCUGGCUUUACCGUAUCGAUAAACCCCAACUCAUGCCAUGUGCUCAACCAAUUCAAGUUCCUCCCUAUUGUGACCAUCUUUUGAGUACUGCACCAAGACUCCCUUCAAAACUUCUAGAAGAGAAGAAGGAAGACUUGACACUUCCAUCUCCAGGAGCAUUCUUAAUUGAUCAGCCAUCAGAGACCAUCGUGCCAACUCUGGUUCGAGGGGGUGGUACUGUAACGAGAGGAAGAAAUUCGAACAAUGUUCUUACUGUAACAAGUGCCCCGAUUGCUAAUCAACCGAAACGACCAACUACAAAGGCUACGACUAGACCUCGUCCAAACUUCUCCAGUACUCCACAUCGUCCGAUUGUAUCCCUUUCGGAUGAAGACUUUGAAGUUGGACCAGAUGCUUUCGAAGUCACAUUCCCACCAUUUGUCACUGUUCAACCAGAACUCUUCCGUCCAAAUAAACGAGUCGGUUCUUCUCCAAAGUCUACACAAAGACCCCUUCCAGACUUUUCUAUCAAAACACCACUAAAAGAAGAAGUGUCCACAUCUACAGAAUCCACGACUUCUUCUCGACCAACUACUCUUGCUCCAGCUCAUUCUCCAAUCGAUGAGGAUAUGUCAGAAAAUGAAGAGUCACCAUUUGAAGCUGUCAACUUUACUGAUGACUUGGAAUCUUUGGAUAAUGCGGUUAGAUUCCGAACAACGAAGAAACGACCAGAUCUGACGCCACCACCAAAAGACCUUGUCGGAGAUGCUCAUGUGGUGGAAACUUCUGAAGAUGAAGAGACUACAACUACAACAACUAGUACUACAACAACGUCUACAACAAUGGCUCCAACGACAACCACGACAACAAUGGCAACUACAGAAGCGAGAAGCACAGAAGUGCCUCCAUCGAUAUUUGUGUUCACGACGACUCAGAAGCCACGACCUUCACAGAUGGAGAUCACACAACGGAGGAUCGUGCAACAACCAUCAGUGGUUGUGAACUCACAACUUCCGAAGCAGCGGAAUGAGCCAACAGUGAAUGUGGGUCACGCAGAUGAGCAGUCGUCAAGAAUGGCCAUCCUUCUACCAGUGAGCAUAAUCCUUGCCUGGAUGGUAAUCCUAGUUUGUAUUGGUGCCUACGUUUGUUAUAGGCGACGGAAUAGCUCUCGAGAAUCGUCUCAACUCCGUGCCAUGUACGGCGUCUCCUAUGGUAUCCGUCCGACGGCAUACGAGUCAAAGCGAAAGGAAUCCACGUAUGAGGAUCAUUUAGAAAGGGCGGCACGACUCGGCGGCCAACCGGCUACUCUUUCCGGUCAACAGGUUGGUGCAGGAAAGGUGUCGCAGUACGGAAGUUACUGGAACAUUCCACUCUCCAAUCAUUCACCAGCUCGUCUUUCAACACAAGAACGACAGUCUCCGCCGAGUUUUAUUAACAACGGGUAUACUAAUCAGACGCGGUACGCAUAUGCAGGGCACUAUUAA